AAAGGGGUCUACAAGGGUACUUUUAUUUAUUUAUUUUUCAGUAUUGAAAACCGUCAAGUCUAUUGAAAUAACACGACUGGAGGAAGGGGGACGUGGCGGCACAAUGCCAGGAAGAUGGAGGCGGAGUAAGAGACUCAUGGCUCAGGCCGAUGCUCACGCUCAUAUUCCUCCCCUACUUCCGCUUACCACAUCUCGCAAAGGUCUCUCAAAUUCCAUUUCCUGCUGGUACUGCGAUUAUAAGAUCACCUCGUUCAACGAACUCAUUUUCCAAUUUGGACGAAGGCAUGCCAGGGUUCUGAGAACGUGGUUCUCGAUUGGGAUUGGUUUCUCUCUUGCCGCUCUUGCUGUUGUUGCCACGGUUCUCUUUCGGGAACUUACAAUCGUCAUGCAUAUUUUUGGCAAGAGCAAUGUGAUUCGUGGACUUCCUGUUUCCUGUUCCUCGUUAUUUGGUCUUCCUUCGUUGAUUUCCAGCUGUAGUCUUUUCCCUGCUGGUGCUGGAUACAUAAUUAUCUCUACCUUAAUAUCUGUAGCUUUUCAUGAAUUUGGUCAUGCUGCUGCUGCUGCAAGUGAGGGCGUGAAAUUGGAGUAUAUUGCUGUUUUUAUUGCACUACUUUUCCCUGGUGCUUUGGUGGCUUUCAAUUAUGAUGCACUGCAGGAUUCAUCAUGCUUCAAUGCUCUUCGAAUCUACUGUGCUGGUAUUUGGCACAACACAGCUCUUUCUGCAGCUUCUGGAUUGAUAUUAUUCUUCCUGCCACUGAUUUUGUUUCCUCUUUACAUACAUGGCCAAAGUCCCACGGUUCUGGAUGUUCCUUAUACUUCGCCAUUGUCUAGUUAUUUGUCCCAUGGUCAUGUAAUUCUGUCAUUGGAUGGCAUGCAUGUUCACAGUGUGGAUGAUUGGAUCAAUCUAUCGGCUCAAAUAAGUGAUUUAACAUUUCAAAAUGAAACCCACUCCAGGCUUGUUGAAAACAACCAAAUGGCCAAUGGCAGGAGAGGAUAUUGUUUUCCAAAUUUUAUGUUGAAGGAAAGCAAUAAAGUUCAGUUCACACAUGAUCAGUCAACUUGUUUUGGCGACUUUACUUCUUUUACUUCUAUUCCUUGUGUUAGUUCUGCUGGUUUAAUUGAUGGUUACACAGAAGAUAACUAUUCUAACCGCAAAGAAGGGAUAUAUUGCUUAAAUGUCAAUGAUGUUAUGAAGCUUAAUAAGUGUUCUAGUUGGGAUAAAGCAGCAAUCAAUGAUAACACUAGCUCCUGUAUGUGUUCACAGGAUGAAACUUGCUUAAGUCCAGUUCAAAUGCCUGGUUUGGUAUGGGUUGAGAUUACAUAUCUAAACCCCUAUUCCUCAGACUGUUCCUAUUCCAGAGAAUAUCCACUCCCAAGUUCAAAUUGUAGUGGAACUUUUAUUUUUGUUGGUGAUGUGGUCUCGAUGGCGCGCUCUAUUCAGCUGACCAUGUACCGACCACGAUUGGAUUUUCAUUUUGCUAUAUAUCUUCCGGAUGUACUGGAAAAGAUUUUAUCGUGCUUAUUUCAUACCUCUCUUGCACUAGCCCUUCUCAACAGUUUGCCGGUAUAUUGUUUAGAUGGUGAAUCUAUUCUGGAGAUAAUUAUUUUCCAACUCACCUCAUUGAGCCCGAGGAACAAGGAAAAAGUUCUUCGAUCUUUUCUGAUGGGAGGGACACUCAUCUCAAUCUUUUUACUGCUGAGGAUUUUCUUCCAUUUAUUAGUCAGCUGAUAGUAAUCUGUAACAGUGAUGUUUUGUUUUGGUUUAUCUUGAGCAUUGUAGGUUGCUACUAAUUUCUAACUGCAUUGGUUGUAAAGUUGUUUUAUUGUUUGUAUAUAUAAGUUAGCUAUGUUUCUCCAUUAAAGUUCUUCCUAAUCUAGUAGUACCUCAAGCUCUUUUUCAGCCGUCAAAAGUCCAGGAUCUCAAUACCUCCUCAAGGGACUCUCAUAAGAGCACAAACCUCAACCUCUUCUCUUGAUGGGAUUUUUGAGAGAGAGAACCAUUUCUUUUUGUUUCUUGGAAUUUGGGAGAGCUGAUAACCCUUUCCUUGUUUCAGCAUGAAAGCCACUUUAAAUAAAACUUUAUCCUAUCCUAGAAGAUCACACCAUCUCUUCCAGAUCCACCCCAAUGCUCAUUUUAACAAACUUUUUGCAAUCCUAAAGACGAACUCUGCUUACUUCAAUUGACUUUCUUUUAUAAUUGACUCCAUGAAGGAUCCAAAAAACGAUUAGAGCAAUGAAGAUUUUGAUGGCUGACCUUUAGAAACUCGAACUUAGAUAUCAUUGAGUUUUUUAACCAAAAGACGAUCGAGCCCUUCUUUGAUGUGCAGACCACAAUUAUUGAGUUUGGUUGGCAAUUGGAGAUUGUCCAACAACGAUUGAGGGAAAACGAUAGACAGAAAUUGACUGUUGGCAAUUGCGUGAAAAAUGAUGGUUGAGGGUUCGUCAGUAAGAAUCGCUGGAGAUGAUGGUUGGAGGUUGGCUGAUGAUAGUCAUCAAAGACAGGUUGGUCUGCAUGGAUUACCGAAGUGGUGGUUAGAGUUUUUUAUAUAAACUAGAAAAGAUUAACCAUUUAACAUUACAAUUUAUUGUUCUGGAAAUUGGUUUGAUGUAUGUCUUAGAUCAAUUUAUUUUAUAUACUCGUGUUUUCAAAAUCAAUGUGGUUGUCAAUUACAUGAUUUUAUUUUCUAAAACAACUUAUUUUUUAGUUUAAUAACUGGAAAAGACAAUCCAAACAACUCCUCCUCUUGGGCUGGGCCACGUUAAAACCUUCACAUCCUCUAGAAUCUUAAGCCGAAUAGUCUUCAUAAAAAACCUUAUCAUUUUUUUUCUUCUCUAAUUAUGAAUAGAAAGGGUGGGGUGAAUGCGAUAUUUGUAGAAUAUAAGUGGUGGAGAGGUAAUAGCGUGGUUGGCUUUCUGAUGUAUCAACCCUCUUACAAAGGGAAUAUGCUGAAUUUAGAAAAGUUGGAUAGGGACAAGCAGGAUAAUAUAAUAUGAGAAUUAUGAGGAGAGAAAAGGAGAAGAAGAUACAUUGAACCUAGACAGCCAAAUGGUGGGGUUUAAGAAGGAGAAGAAGAAAGGGGAGAGAGGGCAUUCUGAAACCUGAAGUUAGAGAAAAUGGGAGUCCUGAAACCGGGUGGUGUUGAGUCAGUGAGCCUGAAGAGGAGGAAUGAGGAGCUGGAGAAGGAACUGGAGGCGAGCCAUGAAAGAGAGCUGAUUAUGAGGAAGGAGCUGAGAAGGGUUUGUGAAAGGCUAAAGGUGGCAGAGGAGGCGGAGGAGAGACUUUCGUUACAGCUCGGGGAGCUCGAGGCAGAAGCUCUAACCCAGGCACGUGAUUACCACCAACAAAUCACAUCGUUGAUGAACCAGCUCUCCCACGCUCAUAAACUGCUGCAAGCUGCCUCCAUCGCCUCCUUUACUUAGAACAACACAAACUUAACCCGAUGUGUUGGAGGCCCCUUUUUUUUUCCCCCCUUCAAUACUCCAUCGAGUAGAUGUAAUUUGAUCUCUAUUUUACUACCAUAUUCAAUAUUGUGUCGCUUUUCCCCUGCUUCAAACUUUCGAUUGAUUCAGGCCAUUAGAAUCCAAUGGUAUGGUGUGUUAAGUUU